AUGACAGCAUUACAGUUCAAAGAUGCUUUUUGGAGCACAGAAUUCACCAGUAACCUGGGCUAUGAGGUGCUUAUACAGAGGCUAUGCGAUGGGCGGAGGAUGUGCAAAGACAUGGAGGACCUCUUGAAAAUGAGGGCGAUGGCUGAAGAGCGGUAUGGUAAAGAACUGGUAACCAUCGCACGCAAAUCAGGGGGCCAGAGUGAGACUGGCACUUUAAGAGCAUCGUUUGACCAACUAAAAGCACAAAUUGAGAAUGUAGGAAACCUACACAUUCAAUUCUCUGGGAUAUUAAAGGAGGAGGUGAAAAGGAUGGAGCAAUUCCGGGAACGACAGAAAGAACAGAGAAAAAAGUUUGAGGGAAUCAUGGAGAAAGUGCAAAAGGUCAAGGUUUCACUGUACAAGAAAACAAUGGAGUCUAAGAAGUCUUACGAGCAGAAAUGUAAGGAGGCAGAUGAAGCUGAGCAGGCUGCUGAGAGAAUAAACAGUGCCCCCACUGCAACACCCAAACAGACUGAGAAGGUACAGAACAAAGCUAAGCAAUGCAGAGAAGCUGCUGGAGAGGCUGAGAAACAGUACAUGUCAAACAUUGAGCAGCUGGACAAGAUUCGGCUUGAAUGGGAGAGCACACACGAGAGCACGUGUGAGGUUUUUCAACAGCAGGAAGGAGACAGAAUCAACAUUUUGAGAAAUGCGAUGUGGGUCCAUUGUAACCAGUUCUCAGAGCAGUGCGUCAAAGAUGACGAGUGCUACGAGGAGGUACGAGUGGUUUUAGAAGCAUGUGACAUCACGGCAGACAUCAACAGCUUCAUUGAGGUGAAAACAACAGGCAGAAGUCCUGCAGCUCCCAUUGUGUUUGAGAAUUACUAUGAGAGAGACACUUCCGCAGACAGCAAUGGUACGGCCCGGUUCGGAGGAGGGGUAAUGAAGAGGUUUUCAAAUCUUUUGCAAGGGAACAGUACAGGCAGCUCCAAAAGCAAUGCUAAUGAGGGGUCACAUUCCACACACCCCCCUUCUUCUGUGGAGACAUCAGACGGAGUAUAUGCCUCCAUUCCUGGGUUCCAGCAGGGGGCCUCAAGCAAUGCCGCCAAUCCAGAAGCAGCCUACCAAGCUCUGUAUGACUACGUCGCUCAGGGUACUGAUGAGCUCUCCAUAAGCACAGGGGAGGUGGUGCUGGUGAUGGAGCAGGGUGGAGACGGCUGGUGGACUGUGGAGAGAAACGGACAGUGUGGACUGGUGCCCGGAUCCUAUCUGGCCAAAGUGUGA